AUGCGACUUCAGUUUUUCAGCCCACUCUCCUUGGCCCUCCCCUCUCCCUGCCCCAUUCUGUCUCCCAUUCCCCUCCGCCACUCCGCCACUCCCCCGCUUCUCACCUUUCCCCAUCCCUUCCCUCCGCCCCACAUUCUUUACCUCCCCCUUUUCCCCCCUCCCCGCCCCCCCCCCCCUCAUUUUCCCCCGCUUACAGAGGACACUUUCACUCCCGGCUUUUGCUCUGACUACGAGGGAGCAGUCUAUAUCAAGGUGUGGUUACCCCCAUCGUGCUCCUACCAGGUGUGGGCACCCCCAUCGUGCUCCUACCAGGUGUGGGCACCCCCAUCGUGCUCCUAUCAGGGCGCCAUAGGUGUGAUUGUGCUGUAUCAAGGCGCCAUGGGCGUGACAGUGCGCAACGACUACGCGCACGACUUCAUAUUCGCCUCUCCCUGCCCGCCCACACUCCCUCUCACCCGUUUCACUACCGCUGUGCCCCCUCUACCAGGCGUGGACACCCCAAUAGUCCUCUAUCAAGGCGCCAUAGGCAUGAUAGUGCACAGCAACUACGCGCACGACUUCAUAUUCGCCUUUUCCCUCGUCCCCCCUUCCCUCCCCUCCCUAACAGGCGUGGACACCCCAAUAGUCCUCUAUCAAGGCGCCAUUGGCGUGAUAGUGCGCAACAACUACGUGCACGACUUCAUAUUCGCGGGCAUCCGGUGCGGCGCGGACGUGCACUACGCGGCAGACUGCGUGCUGGCGACCAUCUCGUACAACAUUGUCGUGGCUGCUGGGACGAAUAGAUCGGGGGAUCAAGAUGCCGCUGGGAUCUACUUCUGCACGCACUGGUUCAGCCCUGGUGGGUGGCAGUAG